AUGUCGAUGUCCAUCACGAACUCCCUCUCGGCCAACCGCGGCAUCUUCACCGCCGAUGAGAACGCCAUGAUCGACAAGCUCCUCGGCUGCGGGCAGGACCACCUCUUCUCGUCUUGGCCCGCGCCCGGCACCGACGACGACGACAAGCGCAGGUUCCUCGCGCAGGCCGCCGUCUGCGACGCGGGCUACCCCGGUGGCAUCGCGCAGUACGUCGCCAACGCCAAGAAGCUCCUCCAGGAUUCCAAGGAGGGCGUCAACCCCUUCGACGGGUGGACCCCCGCGGUGCCCGACGGCAUCGUGGUCGAGUACGCGUCCAAGGAGCACGUCGAGCUCGAGAGCGAGGGCAUGCGGGAGGUCGGAUCCGCCGCGUUCGUCCUCGUCGCGGGAGGUCUCGGCGAGCGCCUCGGGUACUCCGGCAUCAAAGUCGAGCUCCCUUGCGAGAGGUCCACGGACUCGUGCUACCUCCAGCUCUACAUUCAGUCCAUCCUCGCGCUGCAGCAGAGGUCCGCGGGCGAGAUGCCCGCGCACCGCAGCGCCAAGGACGUCGGCAUCCCUCUCGCGAUCAUGACCUCCGACGACACCCACGCCAAGACCCUCGACCUCCUCGAGCGCAACGACUACUUCGGCGCUAAGAAGGAGCAGGUGACCCUCGUCAAGCAGGAGAAGGUGCCGUGCCUGACCAACAACGACGCGCACCUCGCGCUCAAAGAUGCCGACCCGUACGCCCUCCAGACCAAGCCCCACGGCCACGGCGACGUCCACGCGCUGCUCCACACCAGCGGGCUCCUCGACAGGUGGAGCGCCGCGGGCAAGAAGUGGGUGGUUUUCUUCCAGGAUACCAACUCGCUCGUCUUUCGCGUCGUGCCCGGUGCCCUCGGGGUGUCCAAGCAGAAGGGAUUCGUGUUCAACUCGCUCUGCGUCCCUCGCAAGGCGAAGGAGGCGAUUGGCGCCAUCACCGAGCUCACUCACACCGACGGUCGCAAGAUGACCGUGAACGUGGAGUACAACCAGCUCGACCCGCUCCUCCGCGCGACGAUAAACAAAGACGGCGACGUCAACAACGACAAGGGCGUCUCCCCUUUCCCCGGUAACAUCAACCAGCUCAUCGUCUCGUUGGAGGAGUACAAGACGCAGCUGGCAAAGACGGGCGGGCAGAUCGAGGAGUUCGUCAACCCCAAGUACAAGGACGCCAGCAAGACCGCGUUCAAGUCCCCAACCCGGCUCGAGUGCAUGAUGCAGGAUUACCCCAAGUCGCUCGACGCGAGCGCCUGCGUCGGGUUCACCGUUUUCGAUAACUGGGUCGGAUACUCCCCCGUCAAGAACUCCCCCGCGGAUGGCGUGGGUAAGUUUGAGGGCGGUAACCCCACGCACACGGCGACGAGCGGCGAGAUGGAGUUUUACGGGUGCGCGGCCAAGGUUCUGGAGCUCGCGGGCGCGGAGAUGGCGGCGCCCGUCGACUUUUCCGCGAACGACAUCGUGGUGCCCUCGGGUCCCAAGGUUGUGUUGCACCCGUCUUUCGCGUGCACUUUCGAGGAGCUCAAGGGCAAGGCUGGCAAGGGACUCAAGGUCACCUCCGCGAGCAGCGCCUUGAUCGUGGAGGGCGCGGGAGUCAAGAUCGAGAGCCUCGAGCUGGACGGAGCGCUCGUCAUCAAGGCGUGCCCCGGCGCUUUCGUCACGGUUAAGAACCUGAAGGUGUCGAACAAGGGAUGGAGGUUCGAGAAGUGCGGGGCGGACGCGCCGGAGAUUGACAGGCUCCGCGGCUUUGUCAUCGAGAAGGACGAGACGGAGGAACUGGUGUUCGACCAGCCGGGCGCGUACACCGUCCCGUGAGUGAUCCACGAGUAUACGAGUACGAGUACAUAAAACCCCACGCGCGAAGCGGGGCUGACUAUUAAUCCGUACCGCGACGAGAUAUUCAUUUC